GUCGGAGAAAAUGGCGGCGCAAACACAUAGAGGGAUACCCCUGAGUGCGCUCAGCCCGAAGUUCCUGCACACAAACUCCACCAGCCACACAUGGCCCUUCAGUGCUAUUGCUGAGCUGAUAGACAAUGCCUACGAUCCAGAUGUCAGUGCCAAGCAGUUUUGGAUUGACAAAACCAGGAUAAAAGGCAUGGACUGUCUGACAUUUAUGGACAACGGAGCUGGGAUGAACUAUGACAAAAUGCAUAAGAUGCUGAGCUUUGGCUUCAGUGAUAAGCAGGAAAUAAACGGCCACAUCCCAGUGGGUCUCUAUGGAAACGGGUUCAAAUCAGGCUCCAUGCGUCUGGGGAAGGACGCCAUCGUUUUCUCCAAGACCCGGGACAUCAUGUGCGUGGGACUUCUGUCCCAGUCGUACCUGGAGGCCAUCCGGGCCGAUCACGUGAUUGUCCCCAUCGUCUCCUUCGUCCGGGUUGGACAGAAUCAGUUCACGCCAGCCACAGAGCACGCAGCCAGCCUGCAGGACAUCCUCAGGUACUCUCUCUUUAAAACAGAGAGCGAAAUCUUCUCCGAGCUGCGGGCCAUCAACGCCACCUGCUCCACUGGCUCCAGCGGAACCCGGAUCAUUAUCUGGAAUCUGCGGAGGAAAUCGAACGAACAGACAGAACAGACAGAGUUUGAUUUCAAUGUGAACCGCUACGACAUCCAGAUCCCGGCUGAUGUUUACGAGAGCACCAGUGAGAAGUACAAGCGCCAAAACCGCACCAUGCAGUCCGUCCCAGAGAGCGACUACUCCUUGCGGGCCUAUUGCAGCAUAUUGUAUUUGAAGCCCAGGAUGCAGAUUGUUAUUAGAGGACAGAAAGUGAAGACCCAGCUGAUCUCCAAAAGUCUGGCCUACAUUGCAAAGGAUCAUUACAGACCCACCUUCCUUUCUAACAAGCGCAUCCGCAUAACCUUUGGAUACAACACAAAAAGCAAGGACCAGUACGGGAUUAUGAUGUACCACAAAAACCGCCUAAUAAAAGCUUACGAACGAGUGGGCUGCCAGCUCAAGGCCAAUAACAGGGGUGUUGGAGUGAUUGGUGUCAUAGAGUGCAAUUUCCUGGAACCAACUCACAACAAACAGGAUUUUGACUACACAGAUGAGUACAGGAAAACGAUGAAUAACCUUGGAGUGAAACUGGAAGAGUACUGGAAUGAAAUCCGAUACAAAAGGGACAGAGAAGACCCGAACUGUACUAUACCCGUGGAGGAUGCAUUGAAGCGUCCGGAUCAGAACUGGGUCCAGUGUGACGAAUGUCUGAAGUGGAGGAAGCUGCCGGACGGCAUCGACUGCAGCCUGCUUCCGGACAAGUGGUUCUGCCACAUGAACCCAGACCCCCAGUUCAGGAGCUGCCAUGUGGAGGAAGAGCCUGAGGAUUCAGAUGACGAGCAGCGCUCAUACCAGAAGACCUACAAACAACAUGAGAGGUACAACAAGAUGCAGCAGGAAAGGACCAAACAACAGAUAGAGCUGGCCAAGAAGAAGGUGGAGAUGCAGAGAAUCGCCGCCCUGGCGCAGCAGAACGAGGCCCUGAGGAGGCAGCACGAGGACCUGAAACGACAGCUGAAGCAGUCGAGCAUUCAGGUGGCCAUGCCAAGGACCCAGCACGUGGUUAGCAACAACACGCGGGGGCCACUGGGGGGCGCUGUGACCAGCUCCAGCCCUCACAGCUCGCCUGUUGAACGUGCAGCUCACACCUCCACCAUGCCCAUCAUCUCGAAUGUGUGCUCCCUGUCCACUCCAUCAAGGAUGAAGAGGACGCUAUCGAUCAACCCUGACAGCACAGAGGCAAAGAGAGUGAAACUGAACGGAUUGCAUGGAAACACGGCCGAGGCUGCGGAGACCACGCCGUCAGUGGAGGCGUGUCCUUCCUCGCCCAUGAUCAUUCCAGACGACGACGACGAUGACAUAGUCAUCCUCGAGGCGAGCAGCACGCCCAGGCCGAGGGCUCCAUCUUUCGACCUCGCCAAGGUGAAGACGGAGCACAAGGUCAGCGAAGAGGUCACGGGGAUGCACAUGGAAUGCAGCGACGACGCGGCCGUGGAAACGCCCGCGGAAUCUGUUGCUACGGAAACUGAUGCCGCAGAAACCAGCGCCGCAGCAGUGGCCGCCUCAUCCUCAUCCCCCUCUCCACAGCAGCAGGUUUCCACCACCACUCAGACAGACCCUAAGCCCUCAGUCAAAGAUGAAGAAGAGGAGAGGAGGACGAAAGAAAAGGAGAAGGAGGACGGAGCAGAAGAGGUCGAGGCUAACCACCAGCAGGAAGAAGAGAGGAAUGAGGGAGAGGUGGCGGCGGAAGACAGAGCAGAAGCAGUGAUGGAGGCCGUGAUGGUUAAGGAGGAGAGAGAUGUUGAGCAGGAGAUCAAGGACACAGAGGAGAGAGUGGAAGAGACGGAAGGCGAGUCUGCCGCUGACAGACCGCAGCACCUCCAGCCAGAGGAGGAGGAGAGGCAAGCUGAGGAGCAGGUGGCAGAGCAAGACGCAGAGAGAGAGGGGGAGGUGCAGGCAGGGGGCACAGCGGCACCCGAUUCGGAGAAGGACAGGCUCCUGCAGGAGGCCCAGCAGCAGCAGGACGAGCUGAUGGAGCUGAUGCAGGCGGUCGCCCACGAGAGAGACCAGUACAAGGAGCAGGUGCACCAGCUGACCUGCCAGGUGGCGGACCUGGAGAAGCGCGCGCAGGAGCUGACGGAGGCCAUCGUGAAGAAGGAGCUGUGCGACCAGGCCACUGAGACAGAGUGGCCGGAGGAGGCGAAAGAGGAGGGGGCGGCCGCCGCGGAGAACCUGUCGCAACAGGAGGUCAGGAGGCUCUACCAGCAGGCCAAGCAGGAAGUGGAGGAGCUGAAGCGCGAGAGAGAGGCCUGGGGGGCCUCGACGAGUGGAGGCGUCCGAAAGAAGGAGGAAGAGACAGAGGAGGACAGGGAUGAGGAUGAGCUGGUCCUGAAAAUCGACUCGCUCUUCAGAGACCUGGACCAGAGCAACAAAAGGAGGGAGGAGCUUCAGAGCAAGCUGGAAGCUGCAGAGAUGGAGAGGAGCUGUUUGUCCUCUCAGUGUGAGCAGCUGAGGAAAGAGCUGGAAGAGCUGAGGAGAGAGCCGGGGAGAGGAGCAGCAAGCAAAACCAGGGGGGAUGUCACUGAAGAGGAGACUGCGAGUGCAUCUGAUAACCCCAUCGCAGAGGAAGCAACAUCGGACAGAAAAAGUCACCCCAGUGCCGAGGAGGGGACAUCGGACAGAGCUGACAACCUCAUUGCAGAGGAGCGGACAUCGAACAAAGAUGACAACCUCAGUGCUGAGGAGGGGACAUCAGAUAGAGACAGUCACCCAGGUGCUGAGGAGGGGACAUUGAAUGGAGCUGGCAGCUCCAGUGCUGAGGAGACAGGGAUUUCAAAUAGAACUGGCAACCCGAGGGCGGAGAACAAGCUUCUUAAUGAAUCCAACAAUGGCAGUAUUGAGGAGAGGUCACAGAAUGGAACCAGCAGAUCUGUCUCCCCAGAAGAGACCCCAGAAGAGACCCACAGGCUGAGGAUGCUACGGCAGAACAUCGGCCGUCUCCUGGUGACCUUCGUACCUGCGCUGGACCUCAACCAAGUCAACUAUGACUGCGACGUCAUUGACGAGAUCCUAGAACAGGUGCUGGAUGAGGUUGGUUCUACAGGAAGCACGUAGAGUCACCUUGCAACAGGCCCCGCUUUGCAAAGAGAAGUGGAUAACUCACCUGUUUCCUCCUGGGAGGUCAGGGGGGAGCUACCUCCUCUGUGGCUCUCCUUUUACCUCGACUUUUACUUUUUUUAUUAUUGUUAUUGCUUUUUUUUUUUUUUUUUUUACA